AUGACGAUUGACGAUGGAAAGAACAUACAAGACUCGAUCGAUACGGACGUCAUCUCUUUUAGGGGUAGAGAAACGGUCAACCAGACCAAACCUCCUUACGACCUCCUUGUCAUCGAGUUGACGAUUCAGAACACCGACGUCGCGAGAAUCCUAAUCGAUACUGGAAGCUCGGCUAAUAUUAUUUUCAAAAACACCCUCGAAAGGAUGAAGAUUGACCCGUCCGAAAUUGCGGAAAACCCUAGCCCGCUAGUUGGACUCUCAGCGGAGACAACUUUGGCUCCCGGGUCAGUUAACCUCGUAGUCAAUGCUGGAACUAUGGAAAAAAUCGCGGAGUUCCUAGUUGUCGAUAGACCUGCGUCAUACAACGUAAUCAUGGGCACACUAUGGUUGAAUCUUAUGCAUGCAAUUCCAUCAACGUACCAUCUUUGCCUCAAAUUCUCAACCCCUCGCAGAAUCAAAACAAUCUGGAGAAACCCGAGGGUAUCACAAGUCUGCUUCGCCGCAAAACUAAAACGGAAAAAAUCAGAUUCCGAGACCACUCCUAGGAAAAAGUUGGCCUCCGACAAAAAAGCCCAAGAACAAGAUUCGGUAGGACUCUUCUGGCAAUUGCGGAAAGCCGAAAUUCUAGAAGAAAAGCGCGAGGCAACCUGCGAACCCGUGGUAUCAGUAUGUCUAGACGAAGCAUUCCCCAAACGAUGCGUCAAAAUCGGAGCUAACCUCCAUGAACCUUUAAAGACUAAGCUCAUAACUUGUCUAAAAAAGAAUCUCCACACGUUUGCCUGGGCUGCCGAAGACAUGCCGGGGAUUGACAUCAACAUAACCUGCCACGAGCUGAAUAUCGACCCAACCUUCAAACCAGUCAAACAUAAAAGAUGA